UGAAGAUGAAGCACUCCGCCCUCUGCGUCCUGACUCUGGCUCUGGUCUUCGUGACUCUGCUCUCUGCUCACACAGUUGUGCCUAAGGACAAACCAGGAUCAUGUCCUGCUCAAAAGGGGUUUGGGAAGUGUGUCCAUGAGUGUGACUCUGACCAGAACUGUCCUGGUGUUCUGAAGUGCUGCUCCACCGGCUGUGGGAAAACCUGCGAGUUGCCAGUCUUAGUGCCCAAACCAGGAUCCAAACCAGGGUCAUGCCCUCCUCCAAUGCUUCACAUCGUUGCUCACCACCCCCACCCGUGUGAAGAUGAAUGUGCAGCAGACUGCGAGUGUCCCAAGAACCUCAAAUGCUGCUACGUCGGCUGUGGACGCCAGUGUGUGUGCCCUGUACACAUAUAA